AUGGCAGGCCAGAAGAUUCUCAUGAUAACCCACAGUGAGCUUGGUCAGGCCACUAUUGUUCUCUCGGUUGCCCACGAGUUGCUCCUCCGUGGCUGCGACGUACAUAUAGCCUCAUUCAAUGCCCUAAGUCGCCCGGUGGAGGAAAUGAAUGCCCGGGCUGCGCUCCUCUCGGACGGACCCGCCAAAUCAGCAACUUUCCACCCAGUUGACGGCUUAUCGAUGGCAGAAACCUAUACAAAGAGAUGGUCCGAGAGCGUCUUUCCAACCCACCUGCCUGGGUAUGAUGGCGUAUUAGAUGCCUUCAAAACGAAGAGUGGAAAGUUAAUGGCGUGUUGGACCGGUCCCGAAUAUAUGAAGGCACAUGACAGCAUAGUGACCAUAAUCAAGGAGAUCCAGCCCACACUUAUUACUGUUGAUUCCUUAUUUUAUCAAAGCAUAGAUGCAUGCCGGACAGCGGGCAGAGAAUUCACUAUCCUGAGCGCGAAUUCCCUUAAAGACCAUGUCUUCCAACCGUGGCUGGCCACGCUCUGGAAAUAUCCUUUUUCUGGCUCUGGCUUUCCGUUCCCCAUCCCCUGGCGAUUUUUCUUUAAAAACAUCUAUCUUGCCAUCCAGGUGGCAAUAAUAUACCCCAAAUUCCCUGCCCUCAAGGAUUUGAACACCUACCGAAACGAGCACGGUAUUCCAGGUCCUUUAGCAACAUGGGAAACUCUACAGGACAAAAACAUCCCUUACAUUAUAGCUUGCUCGCCAGAAAUAGACUUCCCUUGUCAAAUUACCGAGCAAUUUACCACCUGCGGCCCCAUCCUACGGCCCUUCCGCUCCAUUGCGGUUGAAAGCCCCAGUCUAGCGACAUGGCUGGCCAAAGCUCCCACAGUAUUGAUUAAUUUAGGAUCACACCUUCUCACCGACACUGAGAACAUGAAACAAUACAUAGAGGCCAUCCAGACUCUUCUCGAUUGCCGGAGCGAUGUCCAGGUCCUAUGGAAGAUGAAAACUCUGGCUGGAACAGAUUUCAAGUUGGAGGAUUUUGUCGACGACUCAUUUACCCAACGAGUCCGAACCGAGAGCUGGCUGAAUGCUGAUCCCGCCUGUAUUUUGGAGAGCGGGAAUGUGGUCUGCAUGGUCCAUCAUGGUGGCGCCAACUCCUACAAUGAGGCAGUCUGGGCCGGUGUCCCUCACAUUGUGCUACCGGUCUGGUUCGACACGUACGACUUCGCAAGCCGAGUCGAGUAUCAUGGCAUCGGAGUCUGGGGCAGCAAGAAAAGCGCACCAAAAAUCAACGGCAAGGAAUUUGGCGAAGCCUUUCGGCGCGUUCUCGCUAGCGAGGAGUCGGAGACAAUACGCAACAAAGCGCUGGCCCUCCGGAAUCAAUUAUCCCCAAUUCCUGGACGCGUGAUGGCCUGUGAGAAAAUCCUCAAGUUGUGCGGCGACCAUACAGAUAAGACCAAGUAA